AUGGUCCGGACCAAGAGACCCAACACCCCAGGACCGGCGGGGACUGUUUCCCCGAGACGCAAUACCGGCCCGAUGGACGAGUUCAUCGCCACGCCAUCGGACCUGAGAGGGCUGCGACCGGCCAACAAAAUGGCGCCCGCAUCCCCGGGCUCGGAGAGUGCUGGUGAAACCUCUGAAGCAGGUACCCAAUUCAGUGAACUGGCCCAGAUACAAGCCGAGCUUACCCAGAUCUCGGCGAAAAUGCUCACGAAGGCAGAUACAAGCACAAUAGCUCAGGAGCUGCGGGCAGCACUGCGAGAGGAGCUGGUAGGCCUGAGGUCAGAUCUCACUGCCCUAGAGCAGAGGGUGGAUGAGGUGGAAAUAGCAGCGCAGGGCUGUGAAGACCAACACAGGGCAACUGAAGUUGCAGUAACUAGGCAGGGUAACCUCUUGAUCACCCUACGCAGGCAGGUGGAGGACUUGGAAAAUAGAAGUAGGCGUAAGAAUAUCAGAAUACGCGGCAUGCCAGAAACCGAAACAGAGGAAGAACCCCUCCACGCAUGUCUGUGCGCCCUAUUUACACAGAUUUUGGGGGAAGCUGCACCUGAAGAAAUCCACAUGGAUCGCGCACACAGAGCACUGGGGCCGGCGAGAAGAGAUGGCAGCCCCAGAGAUGUAAUCUGCUGUAUGACCCUGCAGGACCAAAGAGACAUGAUCAUGGCGGCGGCUAGGGAUAGGCCCUCCAUUCUGUUCCGUGGAGGGGAAAUAUCCCUGUACCAGGACCUAUCAAGUCUAACACUGGACGCCAGGCGAGAGCUGCGCCCAGUAACGGGUAUGCUCAGAGACAAAAGGAUCCCUUAUCGCUGGGGCUUCCCCUUCAGCCUCCAAGCAAAACACGGCAACACAUGGAUCACGGCCCGCUGGCCAGAAGAGGUGCCACGCAUGAUGAGGACCCUUAACCUGCCACCGGUGAGAGUGCGCAACUGGAUCCUGGACGAAGCUAUAGCGGCACGUAGAGACCCACUGAAUCCCUCCAACCCGGCGGUCCCACCAAUAGCACGGGCCACCCGGCCACUCCGCAGAGGGGGCCCAAACGGCGCAGAAGAAUGA